CGAGUUAAUGAUAAACAAGGAUCCCAGCAAUGCGGUCCUGAGUAUGCUGCAGACCCGCUGCUGGGACACAGCGGGGGUGUGAGCUCCGGGACGGACUGCGGGGAUGAACUGGGAUCCAGUUACCACAGAGCGGACAUGUUGUCAGCGUUGCACCACUGAUUGGCUGUUUACUGGCGGCUGAAGCAUGAAGGUGGGAUGACCAGCUACGGGAUACACGGCUGACUGACCGUUUGUUUCAUCGAAAGGACUCAUCAUGGCGAGUCGAAGGUAUCCAUGGACCGGACAAGACCCCUGAGAGCCAGAGGACUUCAGGCUUCAGCAGAGAAAGCAAAGAAGUUCCCAGAGUCCAGCGUGAACGAGAACAUCAUGAGGCUUCCGAUACGCUGUGCAGCACACAGGCGUGUGUUGAUGGUGGGCAUGUUUCUAGGUUUGCUGAGUUUGGUGAUGAUCUCCCUGCCGCUGAUUGAAACAAAGACAAGGAAACCUGUGGAGUGGGUUGUCGAUCCCAACCAUAAAAAGCUGGUGCAUGAAUAUGUCCACAAAGUUCUGGAGGGUCCGUGUCGCCCCAGUGGUACCAGGCAGAGCUUGUUAACUCAAUUUCCUGCUUCCGGUCAUGUGAUCCAGCCCUUCCUGUGGAAGGACAAGCCGCUCCCUGAUGACCUUUUCCUGUAUCCACCACCAUUUGGAUUUAGAGGUCUCGAGAGCAAAAUAGCGAACCUGCUAAAGCUGUUUUCAGCACCACAGCCAGAGAAGACACCAGGUAAAUGUCAGCGCUGUUUGGUCCUUGGAAAUGGAGGCAUUCUCAAAGGCCUGGAGCUGGGCUCAGUGUUUGACCGUUUUGACAUCCUUAUCAGGUUAAACAGUGGCCCCCUGGGAGAAUUCACUGUUGACGUUGGAAAUCGAACCAGCAUCAGGAUGAGCUAUCCAGAGGGCACACCGCUACACUGGGUCGACACAGACCCACACACUCUGUUUGUUGCUGUUGUGUAUAAACGUGUAGACAUCAGCUGGAUCUCUGCUAUGAUCAAUAAGCUUGCUGUGCCUCUGUGGGACUGGCUCUUCUUCUGGCAGAAGGUUCCAGAUCAAAUCCCUCUUGAGCCCUCCAGGUUCAGACUUCUAAACCCGCAUGUCAUCAGGCAGACUGCCUUAGACCUCUUGAAAUACCCUCCACCCAGACCACGCCUGUGGGGCUGGGACCAGAACGUGCCCACCCUGGGUGUCUCUGCACUGAAUUUAGCCAGUCUGCUGUGCGAUGAGGUCAGCCUGGCAGGGUUUGGAUACAACCUCUCCCAGCAGGAGGCGCCACUGCACUACUACGACCACCUGCCUAUGAGCGCCAUGCUGCAGGAGAAGAUGCACAAUGUGGACAGAGAGACUCAGCUCCUGCAAAGCCUCGUCAGAGCAGGAACCAUCACUGACCUGACGGGGGGGAUCCACUGCACUUUCUGCAAGAGCUAACCUCCGACACAUUUUACUGCAAAGCACCUACUUGUCUUUUGAUGUGUUGAGGACAGAAUGCACUCUGUAAUGCAGAAAAAAACUGCAGGAUGGGAGACUUCACAAACACGUAGGCACAAAGGCUGAAAGAAAUCUAGCAAUAUUUAUCACAAAGUGCUUCUUGAAGAACAAAGGACAUAGAAACCCUCAGCUUUACAUGUCUGUCAGUAUUUAAAUGUUCUUUUAUAUUAGAAAAUGACUUUCAAGCAGAAGUUUCAUUUAUCCAACCCACAAACUCGACCAACCAAAUAUUCAAGUUUCUUUACCAACACAUAAGACAGGAAGAACUCUAUUAAAAUGCAGAAUUAUCAUCUCCAAAAAUUUGUUUCAUAUCAGCAUUGUAGAUAUGUAUUUGUCCAGGUAUUCAAUAUAUUACAAAUGUUUGAAAAGUUAUGAGCCUCUACCAGUGCUUUGUAACAAUAUGCUGCCUAAACGGUAUCAGGAUAGUUCUACUAGUACUAUGAGUUGAAACUGUAGUAUGAAAAUAUUCCUACUGAGCAGAUUACACUGAGCCAAAGUAUUUUCCCACUGGUUCUAAAGAUGUUUUCAAAAUGAAUGACCAAGUGCUGGAUCAGUUUGUCACUAAAGUAGAUCUUCAAUACGCAUGUUUUUUAUGUAUGUUACCAGUGGCAACAACAAAAUUGGUCUGUAUUCAAAGUCACAUAGGAUGUGAAACUGACUAAACAGCGUAUUUAUUAUUAAUGCAUGAUUCCAAGAUGUUCUCUAAGAUAUAUUUGAAGCAGGCUUCAAAUCGUUGAAGUAGUCCAAGACGUGUUUCUUCCAAUUUCAUUUUUUGUUUGUUUAUUAGAUGGAAAAUAAUGUGGCAAACUACUUUAAUAUUUAUAAGCACAUCUAGAUCAUUCCAUUAUAAAUACCACCUGAUGUGCCAGAUGUGCAUAGCUUGAAGCUUAGCAUGGUUUGUUGCAUGAUCGUGAUUUUGCGACUCGAUAGAAUCCAGCUGCCUCACUAUGUCACUGUCAGUCACCGACACAAUUUUGCAAGUUCUAUUGUUGCCUUCUAUUGUUUAUUUUUUUUUAAAGCAUUUUUUUGUGCCACUGCAUUUUGUUGCAGAUUUCCAAAAUGUUUGUCCAAAUGAAACUUAUUUAUAUAUAUUUUUUGUAUUGUUUCUAGGUCAUUAAUAUAAUUGUCAUUGUUUGUAAUGAAGUAAACAACGGUGGAUUUGGGCUUCGUUUCUUGAACUGAAGCUCUUUAUCUGUUGCAUAAUGUUCUUCCAGUGACAUUUAUUUUGAAGGAGCAGUGAAUCUUAUGGGGGUUUUUUUUCAUUAAAAUGUUUAAUAGCCAACACAGCUGAUAGCAAGACAAGUAUAUUGAACAAUAAAGCAGAUGUACAGAUUAUAAAUUCAUUUAGUCAGAUGUGGAUUCGACACCAUUCUCCAAGCAGUUUAAAAGAAAGUUAGUCUUUAUUAAAAACAGUAAAUCUGUAUCUGUAUCUGUAAUCUGUGACUUCCAGGAGAUUAAUGCAUCUGUCUGUAUGGAAUAAAAACUCAGAGGAACUUUGAA